CGACCUGCUAAGUCUGUGAUUGACGUGGCGACGGGGCAAUCAGAAAUGGGUAUUCGCAUCAAUGGGCGGGCCCUUGUGCUUUUAGCACCACUGAGCGGUAAGCAGGCUUUGCCAGGUUAGGUUGAGGGUGCAACCGUGUACAAUCCUCACUAACAGGCGAUACAGGCAGGCAGAGGGAUUGUUGGAAUUCAUUUUUUCUGUUUAGAUCGAUCUUUCCCCCCUUAAUCUCAACAAAUGUGAGGCUUCUGGUGUAUUUGUUUAAAAUCCCAUUUUAACACAGAGACCAUGUCUACUGAAAAAACAGAUCCGUCUGAAGCACCGCCGCAGACAUCAUCGCCUCCCCCCUACAGUCAGGUGAUUGAGGUGCAGCACAAUGCCCCGUCCCCAGGUUACUCCGUGCAGGUGCGGAUGCCCCCUCUUCCCGUUGGCGAGCGGGGAUACAUGCAGGAGACACAGUUCCAUGGCAGAGCCCCAGGAUACACCACCCUGCUGCCACACGGACCCAUGGGUCCCUCUCCCUACAUCGCACCACCACCUCCGGGCUACGCUGUCCAGCUUCAGCCCUACACAACCCUCGUUCCCAUCUAUCCCAUUGGGAAUCCUCCUCAGCCAUACCUACCAGGAUAUCCGGGAAUUGCUCCAAAUGGCCCACAGCCCCGGAUCCCUUCGGGAUUCAGAAUCAUGGAGCCCCAAAGAUCGCCACACGACUACCUCCCCAUCGCUGUGUUGACCACCAUUUGCUGUUUCUGGCCCACAGGGAUCAUUGCCAUUAUCAAAGCAUUGGAGACUCGGGCAGCAAUGUCACGGGGAGACCACCUCUCAGCGCAGAUCGCCUCCCGCCAGGCUCGAAACUACUCUUUCAUCAGCCUGGCCGUGGGCAUCUCCGCCAUGGUCCUCUGUGCCAUCCUAGUGAUCGUCGUGGCGAUUGAGGCCAAGCACCGCGAUGCUGAAUGGGGCCCUUAGCCCCAUGGGAAGCAGCUCGAGCAACUGUGGCUCCGCAGUGGUUGGGUCGCCAGCUCCUCUCAAUCACCCUGGAGUUUCAAAUCUAUCUCUCCAACAAGCGGAGACAAGGAAAUUUAACAUCGAGGCAUUCAAGAACAGAAUCCACUUUCAUUUUCUUUGAACUGCUUUUAUUGAUACAAACAUUGGCGAUUGGGCCGGUCACGUGACAAAGACUCUCAAAGUAUGUCCAGUCAAGGAUGGCAAUCCCAAAGCUUUGGCAGUGGAGAUCAAUGGCAGAUCCAUUACAGCCCUGAUUCAUUCAAGACAAACAUUUCCACAUGUAACAAACCCACUUGCCUUGCUGACUUCUUCCUGAACCCUACAGCUUGUACACCAUUGAAGAGCAAUCACUCCUGCAGACUUCUGCACCUCCAGCAACGUGCUGCUGCUUCCCCCGUUUGCAGUGUGCUUGAGAUCAGUUCUGUAGCUGUGUGAACGUUCAAAGAAAUACUGAGUAUGACAGGCAGUUUGUUGGAGUCAGGGCAGCAUUCAGACUGAGUCUAUAUAAAUAGCAAAUAGUUAAAGUGUGAAAAAUAAACAGCUGUUUU